UUGUUUAAUAUUAAUAUAUUUAACCCGACUUUUUAAAACAAAAUACGUAAUGCUAACUAGUGCUUAGAGCUAGGAGCACUGCUGUCUAAUUAAAGAUCAUCAAUUAACAGUGUUACCACAACCACGCCACCCGUGCACACGGCACCAAAUUACUAACAAAAUCCCUUCUUGGAUAGAAAAGAUAUUAAAAAGUUAACCAUUUGUUUUGCAAGCUUUACACAUCCGAUAGCUGAUUACUUGACACUGUAUCAUUCACGCUUUAUUUAUAUCGUUCCUUGUUUUGUAUGUAGCUUUGCAUUGUGUUUUCUGAUGAUGUUAUCAAUUUAGUAAGGAUUUUGGAUUAAAUUUUGUAGUUAUCAUUGUUCAAGCGUAGAAAUUUUACGUCAAAUGCUCCCUUAAAACCUGUUUAUAAGAAGUUGGUUAUAAAAAUGCCAAUACUAUAUAGCGUUAUAUCUAGAGGCAACACAAUUUUAGCCCGAUAUGCAAGCUGCACCGGCAAUUUUGCAGAAGUUACAGAACAGAUCAUUGCCAAAAUACCAGCGCGAAAUGAUAAACUUACAUAUUCACAUGGAAAUUAUUUGUUUCACUACAUUUGUGAACACGGAAUAAUUUAUAUGUCUAUUACAGACAAUGAAUUUGAACGCAGUAGAGCAUUUUUAUUUUUAAACGAAAUAAAAAGAAGAUUUCAGUCACAGUAUGGCGCAAGUGCUAGUUCGGCUAUUGGGUAUGCUAUGAAUGCUGAUUUUGCAAAAGUUCUGGCUAAUGAAAUGAAGCACUAUUCAGAGUCACAUGAUGUAGACACUAUUUCAAAAGUCCAUAGUGAAUUAGAUGAGUUAAAGAACAUUAUGGUUAAAAACAUUGAUAGUAUCGCUAUGAGAGGUGAACGGCUUGAACUAUUAGUGAACAAAACAGAAAAUUUAAGUAGUGGAUCAGUAUCAUUUCGUCAAACAAGCAGAAACUUAGCCAGAUCAAUGUUCUGGAAAAAUGUCAAACUUUACUUUAUUGUUGGAAUAGUAAUAAUUGUGAUAGUCUAUUUCAUCAUUUCUAUGUCCUGUGGUGGUCUAUUGUGGAAGGGCUGUAUUUCAAACAAGUAAAAUUCAUAAUAUGGGUUUACUAGGUAAUAGAGUAAUAUGUAAUUUAUAUAUAAAUCUUAUAAAAACGAUAUGCAAAUAUGAAGUAAAAUAAUCUUGAUUAGUUAUUUAUUUCAUUGUACAAGGCUAUAUAUGAG